AUGCCUUGUAAUACUCAUAGGCCAACCCAAAAGAGCAAAGAUAAUGGUUUAGACAACAAUUUGAUUAGUCAAUUUGGUGUGAGAUUUUAUUAUGCCUUCCAAGUUGUUGAUAAGAGUGGAUACAAAGGAUUUUACUCCUCAAAUAGAACACCAUUAACACCUAAAGUUGCUAAUUACAUUCAUAAACAAAGUGACACCAUAACCGGGACAUCACGAGGUGCCUAUGAUAACAAAAAGAUAGUCAAUAGCAUUGAAGAUCCCAUAAUUAAUCAGGUUUAUAUAAUAGGUGGAGAUGGAACACAAAAGGGGGCAUAUGUUAUCCAUAGCCAAAUCGAUUUUUUCUUGUAGUGCAAUAUAGCUUAUGAACCAACAAAAAUGGUUGCUACAACACCAACUUGUAAUUGCCAUCAAUCAAGAACCAUUACAUACAUUAUAAGUCUUAGCUUAUAUCUUCAACAAAAAAAAUCUAGAAAGAGUUUCAGUGUAAAAAAAAAAAAAAAAAAAAAACAAGCUUUCAAUAAAAAUGCUUUCAUCAUCUUUCAAA